AGACAGGUCUCGGGGGCAUGGCCCACCCACUGCGGCCUGCCAACGAUAUCGAACCGAGGCAAGGGAGACCGACGUUCAUGGAGCCUGACGGGAAACUGGAAGAGGAAGCUUUCGCCUCGGUGCUGUUGCUCUGAUGUUUGUGGAGAAAGACGUUUAAAUCUGUAUGGGGCGGGGGGGAAACGCUAGAAAGGUCGUUUCUCUCCCACGUAACUAGCGGAUUUUUAUUUUCCUCUCACGGACAUCAGGUCUGCACAGAAUAUGAAUGAUGGCCAAGCUGUAGGAAUUUGAGGCCACUGAAAGAUGAGUUGAAGUUGCAAGUGGGAAGACACAAGUGAUGGAGUUUAAAUGAGUCUGAGAAGGACAGUGAUUGAAAGGAUGAAUGAAGGGGAGAGCUAACAUUUUAAUCAGACACAAUGUUUAUAAUAUUGGGCCUAUUGUGUUCUCAUCAAUUUCUGAACACUGUUAUUGCUGUACUGCUUCCACCUCACAAUCUAUCAUAUACAUCAGAAAACUUUCAUCCUGUCUUAAUGUGGGAAUCAGGGACGGACAUGCCAUUCCCUACACGCUAUACAGUGGAAUACAUUGCUGUAAGCAAAAUUGGUGCAGAAAACGAAUCACCGACAAUGAACCAAACAGACGAUCCAAGUGAUUUGUGGCUUGCUGCAGAAAACUGUUCGUUGAUCUUGAGCCGAACAUGUGAUCUAACCAAUCUCUUCACUGAUGUGUACGAUUCUUAUUUUACCCGAGUUAAAGCAGUCACAGAAAUGGAAGAAUCUGAUUGGUCUUAUUCAAUGGAAUUCCAACCCUUUCGAGACACAAAAAUAAGGCCAGUUAAUAUUCAAAUCUUUGAAAACCCUCUUGGAGUCCUCAAAAUUAAUUUUGAUUCUCCUGCAACUCCUGCCUGUAUUUAUAACUUGGGAUUAAUAUCUGUCCUAGAUCUCCAUGCAACAUUGCAGUAUCACAUUUCAGUGCUUAAAAAUGGAAAGUUGGAAAAGAAUAGAGAAGUGUUUGGUAGUACAAGGGACACUAGUGUUAAAGAACAGAUUGACAAUUUACAACCUAACACACAAUACUGUGUCUCAAUAAAAAUGUUUUCUUCUGAAGAAGAUCACUCUGACCCCGUGGAAACAAAAUGUGUACUCUCUCAACACGUGAAGAAAAGCCAAGUACCUCAGAUUCUGAUAGCACUUAUAACCAUCUUGGUGUUUGGCUUGGCCAUUAUCAGCAUUGUACUAUACAAAGGAGGUUUUCUUGGUUUUUUGAAUAAAUAUGGUCCACAAGCUCUGAAUAAUUUGAAACACCUCCAUCCUGUUUGCACUUGUGAUAAUGUGCAAGAAAAGCUCAGUACUUUGGAACAAGGUUGUUUUAAUGUAAAGAAAAUUGAAAACAUUGAAGACGACAGUGAAGACGAGCUAAUGAAUUACGGUGAGGAAGCUGGCUAUGAAAGUAAUGCACUGAAUAUGCCUUUGCACUGUACUCAGCGUUCCAGUGCGUCUUCUAAACUAGAAACAGAUGACUCUGACACUAAAUUAUGUGAUGAUCGAUGGUGUGAUUCAGUACCUGAACAUUUUCUCUCUAAUUUCGAUGAGUGUCAAAUGACUACACCAACUACAAUGCAAACUGAAUGCCCACAUGCUGAGUCUAUGAUGCAAGCAACGCACAGCAGAAGGAAUAGUUCAACCUCUGCAACCAAUAACAUUUCUGAUGUCCCAUUGUGGUCUAUCCAAAUUCAAGAUCCAGACUGCUUUGAAAAUUGCUCAAAUGAAAGUUUGUGUAAUCCGAAGAUAGAUGAAUUUGAUAUUAUACAACAUGAUUCAAAUGACUUGUUGUCUAAGAUUUCUGAAAAUACUGUAGUUUAUGAAUAUGAAAAACCCAGUGUCUCUCUUAUAUCAAGUAGUUCAUCACUUCCCUAGGCUUUGCAUGCUGAUAUGCAACAUUGAUGUAAUUUGACUUGAUUAAUUUUGCAAAACUGUCUAGAAUACCCUGAGCUUGGAGUGACAAACAUUGCUGCUUAGCAUUUUCAAUGUCUUCACCUGAAAAGGUUUGGCUGAUGGAACUUCCCUUUUGGAUCUUAAUAUAACUGCCUGGAGCACCAUAAGCUGCUGUAAGGAUUUGUAAUAUAUAAUUAAGCUUCCCAAAACAAACAAUUAUUGAGUUUGUUUCAACAACCCCAUUGAAUAUUUGAUUACUAUUUCAGUUUCAGCUUGGUGCUAGCAUAUUUUAUCCUGCUGUCAGAUUUGUUAAUCUGCUAAAACUUGGUCAGAGGGAAAGGGUUAUAAGUAACUUGUUAGACAUGGAAAGACGUUCUUCAGGUAAGCAAUAAGCUGCUGCAAAGUACUGAAAAGUAUUGAUGAAAUGGAUACAAGAGAAGACCAUUUCUUAUUAACAGUACUAGCAGGCGUAAUGAGUGCACUUGUGCAGGAACACAGCACUGCAAUGCAACACAGUCCAGCGAUGGAGCUGGCUGCCACAAAUUGGUAUACCUUUCACCAAUUGUCAUCCUGAAAUAUGGAAAACAAAGGUUCUUGGUGAGGAAAGGAAAUGUGUAUCACUUGAUUAUUCUCAUUUUAGGGAACAAAGUGAUACUUAUAAUUGCAUUUUCAUGCAUUGCAAUUGAGCCGAAUGGUCUUUUGCACCCCUAUCUCGCUCUAUUGUCUUUAUUUGUGGUAAUCUAGAAUAUUUUAAAUUUCAUUUUUAGUCAUUUUGAAAAGUUUUCACUUUGGCUUGUUCCUCCAAAAUACAAAAAUGCAAAAUAUUACUUUUUUCAGAAAGUUGGUUUUAAAAAUCAUGAAUUUUUUUCACACUGGUAUCGGCUAUUCCAUCUUGGAAAAUUGUCGAGCGAAUCAUAGUUUAUCUUCAUCUCCAAGCAUGUUUCUAAGCUGAAACAAAAUGCUGGAAAUCUGGCAAUAUUCAUAGUGGACUAAGGAAAUGUCAGUGAGCUUUUGCUGUCUGUUCAUUUGUUUCCUGCUGAAAAUGUAGCUGCAUUCUAAUUACCUCAAAUAAUGGCUCUUAUUGUAAAUAACCAAGUCUUCACUGUUUACUGCAGUUGGAGAAUGGAUGUGGUGUGGCUUAAAGAUUGUCUUUGUAUGUGGUUAUAUCAAAGUUUAUUGUACUUAAGCUGUUCUCUAAAAAUAAGAAAACAUA